AAAAUUCAUUAGUUUUGUGUUAUGUCGAUUAUAGAAUAUCAUGUUAGCAUGAUAUGUAAAGAUAUGUAAUAGAUAAAAAAUAUGGGCACUAUAUUUUCUUAUAUUUCGUUUGUUUUUAUUUUACGGAAACACCCGAAAAUAACCGAACUACGAAUUGCGCCGGGCGACUCACAGACAGACAUUGUUUCAGAAGACAGAAGUUCAGAACGUACCAGAACGUUUUGGAGUUUAUAAAAGAAACGAACAGACCGCUCCAUGGCAGUGAAUGUUUACAGCACCAACAACCAGGCAGACAACCUUAGUCGCCAUGACAUCCUCGCAUGGGUUAAUGACAGCAUCAGCACAAGUUAUGGCAAAAUUGAAGAACUCUGUUCAGGAGCUGCCUACUGCCAGUUUAUGGAUAUGUUAUUUCCUGGCUGCAUUCCUAUCAAAAAAGUUAAAUUCAACACAAAAUUAGAACAUGAAUACAUCCAGAACUACAAGCUCCUACAAAAUUCAUUCAAAAAAGCGAGUGUCGACAAGGUAAUACCAGUGGAAAGACUAGUUAAGGGAAGGUUCCAAGAUAAUUUUGAAUUUGUUCAAUGGUUUAAACGCUUCUUUGAUGCCAAUUUUAAUGGUGGCGAGUAUGAUCCUGUUGUGGCAAGAGGUGGUGAAAUGGUGGGAAAUGUUGGUAAACCAGCAGUCAAAUCACCAGCAGCAGGAAAAUCUGGUAUCUCCAGAGGACCAACCAAAGCACCAGGUAGAACCACCACAAAGACCCCCUCUGUUAUCAGUAAACCAGUAGCAAAUGUGAAAGCAACAGUUAACAGCAGCCAUGGGGGUGGAGAUAACAGUGUAAAAAUAGCAGAAUUAACACAGCAGAUCACUGAACUGAGAUUAACAGUGGAAGGAUUAGAAAAGGAAAGGGACUUUUACUUUGGAAAACUAAGAGAUAUUGAAGUCACAUGUCAAGAGAAUGAAGAUAGUGAUGUUGUCAAGUCAAUUAUGGAUGUCCUCUAUGCAACAGAGGUAUAUUAUAUGUAUAAAUAUAUAUACAUACAUAGAUUUAUUGCAAAAUAUUUUCUGCACUUAGUUUUGAAAUUGUGUAAACAGAAUAAGAGGGAGGAAAUGUAGAUUGAAUAUUAGAGUACAUCACUAUACUUUACAUCUAUCAUAGAAAUUGAUGCAAAUAAUGUUAUAUUUCAGAAUCAACAAAAUGUACCAGUGGCAAGUUGUUUGUUUGAAAUAUGAAUAUUGUUUGAUUUGGGGGGAUUAAUUGAAAUAUAUAUAUAUAUAUACAAUAUAAAAGGAAACUACAUGUAAGUGAACAUUUACGUAUAACAUUAUUGUUGAUAAAAAGAGUAGUUUACAUAAACUUUCUACAGAUCGUUCCAGCGUGUCUGGCUAGAUGAUUUUCACAAUCAAGGCCCUUAAAUGAUUCCUUCCCUUUGUUCACCAUAUCUUGAAUUAUCAUUCGCUUCAUAACUCCAAUCCAAGUUAUAUGAUUGUUCAAGCCAUAUUAUGCACACAGUUCACAUCGCUUUACAGGAAAUUUCACAUUUUCACAUAUGCAUAUUAAAAAAUAGAUGUUGCUUCACAUAGACAUAAAAGAUGUUGCUGCAUUACGAUUAUUGUACCUGUCCUAUCCAGUAGUGACUUGUGUCACAUUUGCACUAUUACAGUGUAUUGGGUAAACAUGGAAAAUUUGUUGGGCAACAAUUCCAUGGGUAAGAUAAUGCAGGUAUCCAAUUUACUUCUUGAAAUCCCUUUCCUUCCUUUAGAUAAAGCACUCUUGCUGUCCAUUUUGCAGUUGCCUUUCAUUGCAUUGUUGUGUAAUUUUACCCCCAGCCAACAAAGUUUUGGAGGGGGUAUAUAGAGUCACCCUGUCUGUCUGUUUGUCUGGCCAUCCUAUUUUAUUAGAAAUAUUUGUCCAAGUCAUAACGAUGUAAUGGUGAGACAUUAGAACCUCAUAUUUGGUUAUGAUUGGACAAUAUGUCAUGAUCCGGAACCAAGGUCAUUUGGCCAUGGUCAAGGUCACUGGUAAAAAUAAAGUUUGAAUUUUUUUUUGGUCCAAGUGGUAACUUUGUUAUAAAUGCAAAGGCAUGGCACAAAUUGCUUGUGAUCAGAUAGUGGUUCAGGAACCUAAUUCAAAGUUAUUUGGCCUAGUCAUGAUUACUGUUAAAAAGAGUUGGAAAAGUUAGAUAAGCCCUGUGGAGGCAAAGAUGCUUGGGUCAAGGAUAUUGUGUAUGUCAAUACAAUUAGUACAUUUGGGUCACUUCCUGUUUUGAUAGGUCCAGGUAAAGUACACUGUGAAGUUGAAUUGGUAUAAAAGUCAGCUUAUAUAAUAUGCAUGUGCAAAAAAUGGUAAUAGGAAGGCAUAUGGAAAAUGGGUAUUGCAAUAUCACAGCCAGGUCAACUUUGGUGUACAGUAUUCAUUGUACCCUGGUCUUUUUACAGGAGGGAUUUGCUCCCCCAGAGGAGGAUGGCAAUGUUGAAGAAGAAGAGGAAUACUGAGGUCCUCCCCACCACACCCAGCUAGUGCUAAACAAGCAACUCAUUUUUUGGCUCAACCGGUUGCUUACCUUCAAAGCAAACAUGAGGAUUUUUAAAUGCUUACACCUUAAAUACCAAACGUUUAGUUUCUUCCUGUUUGACAAGAAGAUUAGACAGGAAAGCUGUGUCAUACAACAACACAAGUGCUACAAAAGAGGCCUUUGAUUAUCAGAGGAGAUCUUUUCUUUUCGUUGUCUAACACACUGUGUAUAUAUAUAUGUAAAAUGUAUUUAUGAAUGUGAUAUAUUUCAAAUUUUGACCAUAUGCUGUAUUGUUUCUUUAUUACCUUUGAGUGUUAUGUAAUCUGAUUUUGAACAGGACAUUGUUGAUUGAAACACAUAACACAUAAUUUUGAUACUUUUCCUUUUCACAUCUUUCUUCAUUCAUUUUAAGUUUCUAUUUUCCGGGAAAAGUCCCAAGUUGAAGUAGAUAUGCUUCGUAAUAAAUACAUCAGUGCUUCAUUUAUGUUAACUCAUUUAAGGAUUUUGUCUUCCUUUGUUACCUGAUGAAUUUUUUCAUUUCAAGCUAAGUUGUUUUGUUUUUUAUGUUAGUGUAACUUAGAAAAAGUACUGCUGACUAACAAAGAAAAAUAUAAGUGUAUUAUUAAUUUAGAUGGGGAAAAAGGAAAAUAGGUGUAUUCAAGAAAUUUGAUGUGAUAAAUCCUUACAAUUAUUUGUAACUUAAUUUACACCACUGCAUGAAUCAAACUAUGUUGAACAAUAAACUAUGUUUAUUAAAGCAUGGAUGUAAGGUAUUCUUGUGUGUUAGUAUUAAUUUUGACCACAAAAGAUGUUCCUGAGGAUAUUGUAAUUUUUUAAUUUGAUUUUUAUAAAAGAAAUUCAAUUUCUUUUGAAAUGUAAUUUGUGCAGGGCUUGGUCCCUUUUGGAUAAAAAAAAAAAUUGGUUAAAAAAAGUUGUAAACUUUGUUGAGUACUCAUUCGGUUGGAGCAUCACAUUAUUUUGUAGUGUUAGAGUGAAGGAAUGGGCUUCUCAAAUAAUGAUAGAAAUACACAUAUAAUUUGUUAUUCUGUAUGAUAAUAAAGGUCUGCUAAAAUAUGUAAGAUACUGGUAAAAUUA